AUGACGACGAGCAACAUCUUUAAGCUCGACGAGACAAACUACGCCGAGUGGGCUGUAGUGAUGCAGGCCCUGCUGGUCCGGAAGGGACUGUGGGAAGUGACCGGAGGUACGGCUAAGGAGAGGCCAAUGGGGAGUGACUCGGCGAAGACGGUGAAAGCGCUCGAGACGAUGCACCAGGCCCGAGGCUUGGGGACUCGCCUCUCGCUCCGCCGCAAGUUCUACGCGAUGAAGAUGACCAGCUCGAUGCAGGCGUGGAUCGCCGCUGUCGCCUCCGCUGCCUUCCGACUCGAAGCCGCCGAGGUCACCGUUACCGACGAAGAUCAGAUCUUGGUCCUGAUGAACGGGUUACCGGAUUCGUACGUUUCCUUCGCCAUCUCCCUCGAUGCGACCCCUCCCGACGACCUCACCCUCGACUACGCGAUUGUGCGACUCAUUAACGAGUACGAGCGCCAG